AUGGGCCCAGACAAUGCAACUCUCCGCCAGGAUUUUCUCCUCCUUGGAUUUCCAGGGUCACAGGUCCUUCAGCUCUCUCUUUUUAUGGUUUUUCUGGUGAUGUACAUCCUCACAGUGAGUGGUAACAUGACUAUUUUGAUGUUGGUGACUACCUCCCACCAGCUACAUACCCCUAUGUACUUCUUUUUGAGCAAUCUUUCUUUCUUGGAAAUUUGGUAUACCACAGCUGCUGUCCCCAAAGCCCUGGCCAUCCUUCUGGGGAGAAGCCAAACCAUAUAAUUUACUGGCUGCCUUUUGCAGAUGUACCUUGUUUUCUCUGGCUGCACAGAGUAUUUCCUACUAGCAGCCAUGGCUUAUGAUGGCUAUCUGGCCAUCUGCUAUCCUCUACACUAUAGGGCCAUCAUGAACAGCCUGCUCUCAGCACAGCUAGCCCUAGCAUCCUGGCUGUGUGGUUUUCUGGCUAUUGCAGUGCCCACAGCCCUCAUCAGCACCCUGUCCUUCUUUGGUCCUCGCACAAUCAACCACUUCUGUGACAUUGCACCCUGGAUCACCCUAGCUUGCACCAGCACACAGGCAGUGGAAUUCGUGGCCUUUGUGAUUGCUUCGGUGGUCAUCCGGAGUUCAUGCCUCAUCACCCUGGUUUCCUACAUCUUCAUCAUCAGCACCAUUCUCAGGAUCCCUUCAGCCAGUGGCAGGAGCAAAGCUUUCUCCACAUGCUCUUCACAUCUCACUGUGGUGCUCAUCUUGUAUGGGUCUACGAUAUUUCUUCAUGUCCGCCUCUCAAUCAAAGAGGCCUUGGAUCUGACCAAAGCCAUGCAUGUCCUGAACACCGUGGUGACUCCAGUUCUAAACACCGUGGUGACUCCAGUUCUAAACAAUCUCUGUAACAAAGAAGUAAGAGAAACUCUGCUGAAGAAAUGGAAGGGAAAAUGA